AUGCGUAAAAAGUUUGUUUACAUUGCCUUCUUGAUUGGUAUAGCACUCACCAGCUGGAUAUAUUGGCAAUCGAAUGCAGAAUUUCAUGAUACUGUCGCCGUUAUUAAAAGGAAAAUAUACAAAUUAAACGAUGUUACACUUAAACCAGCGAUAACGUUUUGCCAAAGUCAUCCAUUUUUACUUAUAAUCGUAACUUCAUAUGUUGGUCAUGUGGAGUUACGAAGUGCUCAUAGAAGAGCUAUGCCUGCCGAGAAGUUGAGGGAAUUGAAUGCAGCUAGAAUAUUUUUGUUGGCCCAAAUACCGGACAAAGAAAAAUACAUAACUCAAUCUGCAAUAAAUGACGAGAGCAACACUUUUGGUGAUAUCUUACAAGGAACAUUCACAGAAAACUAUAGAAACUUGACAUAUAAACACCUGAUGGGCUUGAAAUGGGCCUCAACUGUGUGCCAGGAUGCAACAUAUAUACUCAAAGUGGAUGAUGAUACAGUAUUCAGCUUGGAAAGAACCUAUGAAUUUUUGAAAGCAUUAAAAUAUACUGAAGACCUAUUAUUAGGAUAUAUGCUGAACAAUACCAAGCCAAGAAGAAAUAAGGAGAACAAAUGGUAUGUCACUUGGGAUGAAUACUCUAGAUCAGAAUACCCUUUAUACCUAUCAGGGUGGUAUUACAUCACUACUCCUAAAGUUGCAGGAGACCUGUGUGAUGAAGCAAUUUACCAUCCAUACUUCUGGAUUGAUGACAUUUUUAUAACUGGCAUCCUCAGAGAAUCACUUGGUAUCAAAUUAAAACAACUCCCAGACACAUACUGGCUGGAAUAUUAUGAGUUACUUGAAUGCUGUAUAAAUGAUAUGAUUAAAAAAUCAAUUGAAUGUGAAUAUGUUGUGGGACCAAAUGGGAAUAGAAAUAAUUUAAUUGUAGAAUACAAUGAUGCAGUAAACCUAUGUGAUAAUAAGAAAAACUGUACCAAGAGGACUGCAGAUCAAGACUUACAUAAAACAUGUGUUGCACACCAAGAACGAACUAUAUUUGGUGAUGGUGGGCAGGUAGAAGUAAAAUCUAUAAAAUUGUAA